GGCCCUGCCAGGCGCCCGCUCGGACCCAAGCUCAGCAGCGCGCUUGCUAACGUGGGGCUUCCACCCGACCCUAAACGAAACCGAAAGUCCGGCCCCGAGUGACCUUGCCUUCCCGGGGUUGUUAAAAGGGUGGCCUGCGAGACACCGGGGUGGGGUGUUCCCUAGAGAGUAGGGCUUGGGUUCCGGGAUGGGAUCGCACACGUGGUACAGGCCGGCUCAAAGUUACGGGCCUGAUCUCGAGCUGGGAGUUUGAGAACUGAUGGGGAUUUCCAGCUGGUCCGGCACUUGGGGCGGGACUUGGGGGGCCGGGCUGAAGCUUGGAUUAGGAGGCGGGCCUUCGGGGCGAGCUGGGCGGGGAGCGCAGCAGGGGUUGUGAUACUUUGGGAGUUGGUUGGUUGGUUGGUUGGUUGGUUGGUUGGUUGGUUGGUUGGUUGGAGGCCCGGCAUCUGCGUCUCUAGGUGGGGAAAGGAGCCGAAGCAGAGGUCUGAGCCUUGGAGCGGUCACUUGGAGGGGAUUGGCUGGGAGAGUUCCCGAAGCCUAGAUAGGUCAGGGGUCCUAGACCUCUUAGGAGUCUGAGCGCCCCCUCCCCUAGGUGGCCAUGAGCGGCAGGGCCCGCAAAGAGGCGGUGCAGGCCGCGGCCCGGGAACUCCUCAAGUUCGUGAACAGGAGCCCCUCUCCUUUCCACGCCGUGGCCGAGUGCCGCAGCCGCCUCCUCCAGGCUGGCUUCCAUGAACUGAAGGAGACGGAGAGCUGGGAUAUCAAGCCCGAGAGCAAGGUGAAACGGCGGUCUCGCCGCAGCCAGGUGGGCUUCCAGCAGGUUGGUGUGGAGACCUAUGGUGGCGGGAUCUGGAGCACCUGGUUUGACCGUGACCUGACCUUGGCUGGACGUGUCAUUGUCAAGUCCCCUACCUCAGGCCGGCUGGAGCAGCAGCUGGUGCACGUGGACCGGCCCAUUCUUCGCAUCCCACACCUGGCCAUCCAUCUGCAGCGAAAUGUCAAUGAGAACUUUGGGCCCAACGUGGAGAUGCACUUGGUUCCCAUUCUUGCCACAGCAGUCCAGGAGGAGCUGGAGAAGGGAACUCCUGAGCCAGGCCCUCUCAAUGCUGCAGAUGACCGGCACCACUCAGUCCUCAUGUCCCUUCUCUGUGCCCAUCUGGGGCUGGGCCCCGAGGACAUCUUGGAGAUGGAACUAUGUCUCGCAGACACUCAGCCUGCGGUCCUGGGUGGUGCCUAUGAGGAGUUCAUCUUUGCCCCUCGGCUAGACAAUCUGCACAGCUGCUUCUGUGCCCUGCAGCACCGUGUGAGACGCAGGCCAGUGCCAGCCCAAGCCCGCUUCACUCCAGCUCAGACCCUCCAUGACCUGGGAGGCCGGUGGGCAAGCGUGAUCCUCCGAGGCGUUGCCCCUGCCUCCCUGGCCACGGAUCCCCACGUGCGCAUGAUUGCCCUCUACGACAACGAAGAGGUGGGGUCGGAGAGCGCACAGGGCGCCCAGUCCCUGCUGACGGAGCUGGUGCUGCGGCGGAUCUCGGCCUCGCCCCAGCACCUGACAGCCUUCGAGGAAGCCAUCCCCAAGUCCUACAUGAUCAGCGCAGACAUGGCCCAUGCUGUGCACCCCAACUACCUGGACAAGCAUGAGGAGAACCACCGGCCCUUAUUCCACAAGGGCCCUGUGAUCAAGGUGAACAGCAAGCAACGCUAUGCCUCGAAUGCGGUUUCGGAGGCCCUGAUCCGAGAGGUGGCCAGCCAUGUCGGGGUGCCCCUGCAGGAUCUCAUGGUCCGGAAUGACUCACCCUGCGGGACCACCAUUGGACCUAUCUUGGCUUCUCGGCUGGGGUUGCGGGUAGUGGAUUUAGGCAGCCCCCAGCUGGCCAUGCACUCCAUCCGGGAGACAGCCUGCACCACAGGAGUACUUCAGACCCUCACUCUCUUCAAGGGCUUCUUUGAGCUGUUCCCGUCCCUGAGCUGUAACCUCUUAGUGGAUUGAGGCCUCUUGGGAAGACUUCUCUUGCACUUGAGAGGGGAAGUUCUCAGCUGAUCUGAAGCUGAAUUAUUAAAGUGGAUUUUUCACUCA